AUGGCUUUGAUUUUGGCCACAAUGAUACUCAUCUCCCUUCUUACAUACCUCAUUCAAGGAUGGGUAUUCAAAAGCAACACCUUUGGCAACAAACUCCCUCCUGGUCCAAAAGGGUUUCCCAUUAUUGGAAGCCUUCAUCUAUUAUCAAAACUCAUUCAUAGAGAUCUUCAUCACUUAUCCCAACGAUAUGGACCCAUCAUGUACAUGCAAUUAGGUCGUGUUCAUGCCAUCGUUGUCUCGUCCCCUCGAGCUGCCGAGCUCUUCCUUAAAACCCACGAUCUUGAUUUCCCGAGUCGUCCACUUACUAAGACCUCCAACCAAAUAUCCUAUGGAAGAAAAGGGAUUGCUUUUUCUCAAUAUGACUCCCAUUGGCGUAAUAUGCGCAAAAUGUGCACUCUCGAAUUGUUUAGCUUCCUCAAAAUCAACUCCUUUUCGUCGAUGAGAAAGCAAGAGGUUCGUUUAUUGGUCGAUGAUCUUCAAGAGGCUGCGGAAAAUCGUGUUGCUGUGGAUCUUAGUUCAAAAAUCUCGUGUCUUAUUGUAGAUAUCAUGUGUUUGAUGGUGGUGGGGAGAAAAUAUAGAGACAAAGAGUUGGAUGCAAAGGGUUUUAAGGCUGUGAUACAAGAAGCCACACGGUUAGCGGCAGCUCCUAACUUGGGUGAUUUUUUCCCUUUUAUUGCUAGGCUUGAUCUUCAAGGAUUGUGCCGUCGUGCAAAGUCUGUUGGUGAUGUAUUUGAUGGGUUCUUAGAGAAGAUUGUUGAAGAACAUGUUGUGUCCAAGAAUGAUAAAAAUAAGGACUUUGUAGAUGUUAUGUUGGAUUUGAUGGGAUCUCGUGAAAAUGACUACCAAAUUGAUUGCUCCACCAUUAAAGCUAUGAUUCUCGAUUUGCUCAUCGCAGCUGUUGAUAGUUCAACCACUAUAAUCAAUUGGGCGUUACCCGAGCUUAUUAAGCAUCCACAUAUAAUGAAGAAGAUGCAAGAAGAAUUGGAAAAAGUGGUGGGUUUGAAUAGAAUGGUUGAAGAAUCAGACUUGAACAACUUAAAAUACUUAGAGAUGGUCAUCAAAGAGACUUUUAGGAUGCAUCCACCCAUUCCAUUAAUUCCACGUGAAUCCAUACAAGAUUGCAUGGUCAAUGGUUACCAUAUUCCUAACAAAUCUCGCCUAGUAAUAAACGCGUGGGCAAUAGGGCGAGAUGCGAGGACUUGGUUAGAUCCCGACGAAUUUAUUCCCGAGAGAUUUGUUGAUGAGCAAGUAGAUAUGAAAGGAAAAGAUUUUAAACUGAUUCCAUUUGGAUAUGGUCGUAGAGGUUGUCCUGGAACGCAAUUAGCAUUGACCACAGUUCGGCUUGUGGUAGCUCAACUUGUACAUUGCUUUGAUUGGGAACUACCGAAUGGUAUGAUGCAAGCUGAAUUGGAUAUGACAGAAGAAUUCGGUUUAACUUGUCCUAGAGCUCAAAAUCUUGUCCUUAUUCCCAGGUAUCGACUAAACAAUGCGAACCUGAAUUAA